CUUCCUUUGCAACUGCUGGGCUCCACUCAAUCCAUCGCCGCCUCCCGCUGCUCCUCUCAGCCACCGCGCGAGACCAGCGAUGAUCGUGGACAGCAGCCAGGACGCGCUGCUGGACGGCGGCGAGUGCGGCUCCAUGAGCAGCCCUCUCAACAUGGCUUUUUUCUACGGAGCGUCUCCUCACUCCAGCGAGGGGAGCUGCUCCCCCACUCACUCCGCUCCAGGAUCCCCGGGAUCCGACUCGGAGCUCUCGGGCAAUAGCAGCGGCAGCAGCAGCGUCAGCGGCCGCCGGGACAGCAGCGACUUCAGCAAGAGGCGCUACUCCCGGAGCGGCGCGCGCCUAGCCUCACAAGUUGGGCAACACAUGGGGGGAGGAAAGCAACAAAGAGGACCUUUUCAAGGUGUUCGUGUGAAAAACUCUGUGAAAGAGCUGUUGUUGCACAUUAGAAACAGCAAACAGAUAUCUUUGGAUCAUGGUGGAGCAGAAGAAUUAAAGGGACAGGAAGAACUAAUGAAUUAUGACCCAUACACAGAGCUGAAGAACAUGUUAACUCAUGGUAGGAAAAGAAAAGCCCAUGAGUCUCAUUCCGAUGGCUCCUGUUACAAAAGAGCAGCUACUUUCCAACCUCACCUCUUGACACCUCCACAGACACCAACAUCGAUGGAAAACUUGGAGGAUGCCCAUAUAAGUGAGCCUAGACAAGACAGCAGUUGUGACAUGCUGCAGAACAUUAUCAAUAUUAAGAACGAAUCAAGUCCUGUUUCUUUAAACACAGUUCAAGUUAGCUGGCUUCACACCAUGGCUAAUCCUAACUCACCAGGGGAACAGUAUCAAGAGAUUGCUGGAGCACAGGCUUUCUCACCCCCUCAGAAGUACCAGGCAUUUCAAGCAAGCAGUCCCUCCUCACAAAUGCUGGAACCACCCCCAAAUUAUCAGUUUUCUCCCACUCAGCCUCAGGACUUGUCACAACAUUACAGCCAGAAUUCACUAAUGGAAUACAGGCCACAGUCUGCAAGCAGCCAGUCCUCUGACUAUCAACACAAUGUUUUUGACAGCCAAGAACUGCAGUACUGCCAUACUAAAAGUUUUGCUUCUCUCUUAAGUGACUCAGAAGUGCGGGACAACAUCUCAAGCCCCCUCUCCCAUUCUCUGCCUGUUGGCCAUCAGCAAACCAAUGUCCGCAGUCACCCUCAGACAUUCAGUCUGCCACAAAAUAAUAUCUGCACUGGUCUUGAAGAGCAUGGCCUACCACUGGCUACUUCAAAUAGGUCUGUGCAGCAUCAGGAUAUUGCCAGGAAUACAGCACAGUUGGGAAAAUCAUUCUUCCAGUGGCAAGUGGAACAGGAGGAAAACAAACUGGCCAAUAUUUCUCAAGAUCAAAUCCUUGCCAAAGACUCUGAUGGUGACACGUUUCUCCACAUUGCAGUUGCCCAGGGACGACGGGCUGUUUCCUAUGUGUUGGCAAGAAAGAUGGCAGCCCUGCACAUGCUGGAUAUUAAAGAACACAAUGGCCAGAGUGCCUUACAGGUGGCUGUGGCUGCAAAUCAGCAUCUCAUUGUCCAGGACCUGGUGAGCCUUGGGGCACAAGUGAAUACUACUGACUGCUGGGGUAGGACACCAUUGCAUGUGUGUGCUGAAAAGGGGCAUGCGCAAGUCCUUCAGGCAAUCCAGAAAGGAGCCGUUGUAAGCAAUCAGUAUGUGGACUUGGAGGCAACCAACUAUGAUGGUUUAACAUCUCUGCACUGUGCAGUAGUGAUCCACAAUGCUGUGGUACAUGACCUGCAGAGCCAGCACUCACACCACACUCCUGAGGUUCAGGAGCUUCGGUUGAAAAGCAAGAAGUUAGCUGACACCAUCAAAUUUCUGAUCCAGAUGGGGGCCUCUGUGGAAGCCAGAGAUCGUAAAAGUGGCCGCUCAGCCCUUCACUUUGCAGCCGAAGAAGCAAAUGUGGAACUCCUUCGUCUGUUCUUAGAGCUUCCCACCUGCCUUUCUUUCAUCAAUGCAAAGGCUUACAAUGGCAAUACAGCACUCCAUGUAGCUUCCAGCUUGCAGCAUCGGGUGACUCAGUUGGAUGCAGUUCGUUUGUUGAUGCGAAAAGGAGCUGAUCCAAGUGCCAGGAACUUGGAGAAUGAGCAGCCAGUUCACCUAGUUCCUGAUGGCCCUGUAGGUGUUGAGAUAAGACGUAUCCUAAAAGGGAAGACGGUUCAGCAGAGAUCAUCUGUCUAUUAAGCUCCAUGAGUACAAAUGACUUACACUCGCUGUCAGUUAGGCAGCCCUGAUGUAACUGUAAAUAGACCAUUUGUCCAGUGGAGGCAAAUGUUAGUUGUUUCUAUGAAACAAAAAUAUUUUGUUCACUAUUAUAUAGUGGGUUAAUUACAAUUCUUCUGAACAGAUGGGCAUGUUUCAUACCCAGGUAUUCUGGAUCUUCGGCUGAACUGCUCCAUUUAGCAGUUACAAGAAAUAACUGACUUACAAUAGUAGGCCUAACAAAUCUCAAGCAAGAACAACUGUUAUUACCUUUAAGAAAGAAAUGUUAAAACACUUUAGAGCUGUUGUUUAUAGUAUGAAACAUAAGCUUCUUAAUAAUACUAACACGAUGUUUUACUGGUAGUUUAUAUAAUCAUUUUAGGGGGGAAGGUUAUGUAAUAUGAUGUAUUGGUUACUUGGAGAGGAGAGCUGGUCUUGUGGUAGCAACCAUGACUUGUCCCCCUAGCUAAGCAGGGUCUGCCCUGGUUGCAUAUGAAUGGGAGACUUGAUGUGUGAGCAGCACUGUAAGAUAUUCCCCUCGCGAUGAAGCCGCUCUGGGAAGAGCAGAAGGUUUCAAGUUCCCUCCCUGACUUCUCCAAGAUAGGGCUGAGAGAGAGUCCUGCCUGCAACCUUGGAGAAGCCACUGCCAGUCUGUGAAGACAAUACUGAGCUAGAUAGACCAAUGGCCUGACUCAGUAUAUGGCAGCUUCCUAUGUUCCUACUUUUUGUAGUUAAUUUAAGAAGUAAAUUUUGUAGUUUAAGAAGUUAUGUAGAAUUCUGUUAGGUUUAUAGUGCCACUUAUGUGUGUGCUUGUGUUGAAAUGGACUGAUAUUUGAGGUGCAUAUUUACCAAAAUGGUUUAGGGAAGGGACCACUGAGGAGGGCCAUAGCUCAAUGGUAAAGCAUGUACUUUGGAGGCAGAAGAUUCCAGGUUCAGUUUGUCUAGGGGGUCUGGCAAAAGAUCUGUAUCUGAAAUCCUGGAGAGCUGCUGCCAGUCGUUACAGACAAUAAUAAUUCUGAUUCUGCAUAAGACAACUUCAGGGGGACAGGUUUCCUCUGAUGUGUUUUCAUUGGCCACAGUAGUAGUAUAUGAAAACUGAUACAAAGACUUUAGAUUUGUAACUAAAUCUCUUUAAAGUUACUCAAGUUAUUUCUUUUGCUGGCUGUUGGAAUAAAUUGGAUGUUUAGAACCAAUAAAUAGACUUUUCACAUAUUUUUAAUUGUCUUCCCUCCCCAUGCUUCAGUGAGUAUAAAUUAGCAUGUUCCCAGUUUAGUAGAAUUCUUUAAAGAUUGGUCAGGGUUAUCUUCCUUUGUGUAUUUAGGAGAUGUUUUAGUUUAGAAAAAAGGAUGACUUGGGGAGGGGGGACAUGAAUCAGAGUAGGGAAUUACUCAUGUUGUGGAUAAAGAAAUAUUUUUCUCCAUCUCUCAUAAUCCUAAAACUUGGAUUCACCAAAUGAAUGGCAUUGAUUGACAGUAGAUUCAGGACAGACAAAAGAAGAUCCUUUAUAUAGUGCAUAGGGAACUGACAAUUCCCUAUGCAAGAAAUUCACUGACACAAGAUGUGGUGAUGGCCACAGAGUUAAAUGGCUUUAAAAGGGGAUUAGGCAAACGCACAGAGGCAUUGUUAGAGAUGGAAACUCCAUGUUCACAGUGACUGACAUCAUGCACAGCAUUAUGUCUGCAAUGCUGCGCCCUGUGGCAGCCUCAGUCUCCUAAAGCAGCUCAGAAGCUGUUCAGAAUCAGCAGUUAUGUAAGCAGUGCUACAGCAGUUUCUCCAAUCCAUGACAAUGGAUAUAGCGCUGUUCGCCCAUCUGCAGUUUCUGAACAGCAUUGGGGCUGCCAUAGCAGACCGCAGCAGUCCUUGGGCGGAGCACUGCGGCAACGUCUGCUGCACAUCAUGUCAGCCAACAUACCUUAGAAUGCCAGUUACUGCAAACAGGCAGUGGGCUAGAGGCUGCUGCCUAAAUGCCACCCUUUGGGGGUUUCUCAGGAGCAUUUGACUAGCCACCGUUGGGAAGAGGAUGCUGGACAGUCGACCUUAUGUUUAUGCUGAAAUUGUUUCUUUAUUCAUGAAUUGAGAAAAACACUUGUUAGGGCUUUGCAAAAAGUUAUAUGGGCUAUGCAAAUAUUUAGUUAUAUGGCAUUUUUACCUUAUAGGUAUAGUAGGCAGUCAAGUAUUAAAAUUUUAAGAAUAUAGUAGCUUUUUGGCCCAAUUUUUAUUUGUACUUCAAAGAAUGUAAAUAAAAUGUAUUAAAGAAUUUCUUGUAGUAAUUGCUUGCAGGAUUAUACAGCUUGUUUCUAUGUGUAAUCUCACUGAAUAUGACCAUUUCCUGAAUGGCUGUUCUGCAUUCCAUAAUCUUUGCCAUAGUUAAUUGGAUCAUAUUGUUUGAUGAAAGUAUGUCUUGUAGACAAAGUAAUUGGAGAAAUUGUACCUCCAAAUAUUAAAGCAGUGCUUAUUGUUAUAAUGUCGAAUAUACCAUUUGAAUAAACCUGUAUAAAUUGAUAUAUUGUA